AUCGAGGCUGUCUUGGAGCAGCAGCAGCAGCAUAAGAAGAGAAAGCUUGAAGCGAAGCGAAUCUACGCAAGAACUGAAACGAAGAUAUUCGCGUCUUUCUGCGCCAGAAUUCGAAGACUUUAGUUUGGAUUGGAGAAGAAAAAGAGGAGAAAACUAGAAUCGAAUCGAGAAAGCAGAUACGUCGGUCGUCGUUCUAACUUCUAAGGUCGGCGUGUUGGAGGAGAAGCAGAAAAAGAAGGACUGAAUCGAAGAAUUUCGUGUUUUUGCGCCUGAAUUCCAAGAUUUUAGGCUGGCUUGGAGAAGAAGAAGAUAAAACUUGAAAGGAAGCGAAGCUACGUUCACACUACGGAGAACUCAGAUCUGUCGAUCGUCGUUCAACGGUCGGCUUGUUGGAGGAGAAUCAGAAGAAGAUGAACUGAAUCGAAGAAUUUUGUUUUUUCUUUUGCGCCAGAAUUUGAAGAAUUUUGAUCGAAGAUCUGUGUGAAAAUCCCUGUGCUUUAAUCAUAGGAGUUUUGUCGGAUCAUCAAUCAAUCGCUACGAUAUUCAACUGACCAAAAUAACAGGUGACCUGUAGGCAGAGACUUUAGGGUUCUGCUCUGGUAUCUGGAAAGGAACUGGUUCUACUAAUCAUUUGAAUAAGGACUGAUGUUCAGUUUGUCCCAAUGACUCGCUCCUGUAAUUGCACAGGAAGUUUAGCAUCUAAAUUUGAGUUAAGCAGAAAAGGAAACCAACUAACAAAGGCAUCCUGCAAGACUUGUGGCGGCAGACCAUUAGUUAAUGGGAUAGGACCUGCAAGCAUGCUUAGCAAAGUGGGGGUAGAACUUACCAAUUUUAUCGAUCCUGACUUAAGUUGGAAGACUUUGACAAGAGGGAGACGCUCUAGGAAGCCAGCUGGUAGAAGCUUCAAUGUUGGUGCAAAACUGGGCAACAAGAGCCCUAAAAGGGUGUGGGGCUCUUCAGUUUCUGAGUCUGAGAAGCUUGGUGUGGCUAUUCCUGGGCAACUUCUGUCUGACAAAAUAGAGCACGUACCAAUCAAGAAAAGGAGAUGUUUGCUUCGCUCUCCAUCACCACCACCUCGUACCCCUUCUCAACACCAUGAAGAGUCACUAUCACGUAAAGCCCAGACUCUCUCUCCCCACUCUGAAGAUUCUGAACAGCGUUUAGAUGGUAAAUGUGCUUCAGGUGAAUGGUAUUGUCCAGAUUCAUUUUCCAUCCAACAAGUUAGGGACUUUGAUGGCUCUAUAGUAGUUGAGUUUGCGGAUGACAAUGGUGGUGUUAUGGAUGACAAUGUCUUUGAAGUGACAGAUAGAAAGCUUUGUUGCACUGAGGACUUCUCUGGUAUUGCACUUCUUGCAGCUGCUGCCUGCAUUAGUAGCAUUGGUGGUGAAGCGGGUAAUGGCAAGAAGGAUCUGGUAGCGGAUUCUACUUCACAAGUUUUUGGUUCACCUAAUUCCACUAUGCCGUUGGAAGAAACUAUCACAUCAACGGGAACUGGGAAUAAGUGCCAAAACGAUUUGGUACAUGAAGAUAAUGUGGAUGGCUCAUUUGUUCAGGACAAUUCGGUUGUUUCUCAGAAAUAUCUCGGUAACAAGGAUGAUGGUGGGGCAGCGAGGUGUGUUCCUUCUAAAGAACUCAGACUGCACUGGGACCUUAACACUGUGAUGGACGUAUGGGAUCAACCCUGUGAUUAUUCAACUGUUGACUUUCAAAGAAAUGUUUCAGGUGUCAAUGAUGGUAUGCAGAGAGAAACACUGGAGAAAUUUAAACUUCAGAGGGACUCUGAAGUUAAUAACCAAGGUGCAGUGCAGUCUACCAUGUGCAGAAUGAUCACAGCAGAUGUAGAUGAACAAUAUGUGAUUUUAGACCCAAAAGGCACAGUUACUCGGCCUUCCAAAUCUUUAGUUGAGGAACAAUUGCUGGAAGCAUGCUCUGACCUUGAUAGAACCUGUGUCAAGGAUAAAUGUAUUUGUACACCACAUGGACAUCCUCUGGAACCCUUAAACUACAAUGGAGAUGAUACAAAAGCUUCUGGUCAGGGUGCGAGCAUGUAUUAUGAUACUCUGUACCCUGUAUCACAUAGUACUCCAAACAUAUGUUUGUCAGAGAAGAAGAUGGAUACAUCUUCUGCCUGCACUUCUGUUAUGCAGAACAAUGAAGAUUGUUGCAGAACUACAUCACAGCUUGGUAAAAUUACAUCGUCAGAAAGGGUUCAGCUUAGGAAGCAUGAUGUUGCUUUUGCGGAUGUGCUAGUCAGAGAGAAGGCCGUUUCUCAGAACAUCAUCCAAAAUAAAGACCAUGAAGAUAUUGGAAAAACAUCUGAAUUGCCUGAUACUGGGACUUCUCCAAGGGAGGUGAUUGGCACAAUUACAUGCACAACUGUAGAUGUUGAGGUUUCUCAAUAUAACUCAGAUAAGGUAGAUCAUUCCCAUGCUUCACCUGAGUGUGAAGAUUUGUCUGCUUCAGGCACCUCUGUUGGAGGAAGAGAAGGCCAACUUAUUCUAUAUGGUGAUGCAAAAGGCCCAGAUGACAGAACUACUGCAGCUGAUGUCGAUUUCCCAGUGCGUAGUGGGCAUAUGGAAUCCAUGUCCCAGUGUUAUGACAAUCCUGUCUCUGAUGGAGGAUCGCAUGGUGGAUUCAUUCUGCAGAACUCAUUCAAAAGUUAUACUAACGAUCCUACUAGUUGCUCUUGUGAGAUUGCCUUACCUUUUGAUGACCGCCACAAUGGAGAUGUUCUUCAAAAGAAUCAUGGCCACAUGGUCAGUGCAACAAAUAGGACUGAACUUCAGGCAGAUUAUGAUUCUCCAUUUGAGGAUGGGGAACUGAGGGAGUCAGUUGUAUAUUCCUUUGAGGAGGAAAUGGAAUGUGUGGACUAUGAAUCUGAUGACAGAGAAGUAGAUAAUAUUGAUGAAUCUCAUCACCAUAUGCCAGAGAAAGUUGAAGUUGGUUGUGCAGGUUCCCAACCUGUGGAAAAGGGGGCGUCAUUGCUGACAAAAGUUAUAACAGCAGAUUUCUGUAAGAGCAAGUCUGUUAAAACAUCGAGUAAUAUAAUAGAUGACACUCAAGAGAAAGGAAGGGUUGGUACGGAAGGGUUGAAUGAAGGAUCUAGAAUUGCUGUCGAACAGUCUGGAAACAUGCGGGUUGAAUUAUAUGAUGACAGUGCAAGAAGUCAUUCUUGUGAUCACAUGGAUGGGCUUGAUGUCAAUGGUUUAGAUGGAAAAGAGGUUGGAUCAAGUGCAUCCAGUGGGAAAUUGUCAUGCAUUGAAGGACCAUCAACUUUUGAUGUCUUGGAUAGGAAGGACACUAUGCUUAUACGGCCUGGCAGAUCCCACAACCGUGGUGGUUUGUUGUCUGGAGUUGAAAAGAAUUCUGAUUCUGUCAAAUCCAUGGGAAGUAACAGACCGUCUUUGCAUGUACGCGAAAGAAAUGAAGGGAAUGGUUACUGGGACGAUUCUUCAGUGGGCCAUUGGGAUUCUAGAGGUCGUCAUCCACCUGUUUAUCAUGCCAGCUACACCCGGCCUAGUGUGAAUGCUGAUUCUGCUGGCAGUUUUGACAGACCAAACUGCCGUGAUCACAAACAAUUUCCAAAUUCUUCCUCAAGAGGCAUGUAUAGGCCACCCAUUAGAAGGAGGUCAUCAGUUGAUGAGGAAGAUUAUUAUGAUUUCCAUAGGGGAAUGCCACCAGUUAGAGGCAUCGGUGGUGACCGGAACAGGGGCAGGUCAGGAAAAUAUCUGCCAGAGGUUAGUAGGGCCCCCAUGGAUGGAUACCGUGAUCAUGUGCCUGGUGAUGGUUCUACAUCUUCUGUUCGUGUGCCACAUUAUUCAACCAGAAAAGACCGAAGCUUUUCUCCCACAUUUGGCAGAUGGGAUCAUAUUUCUCGACCUCACCGGAGAUCUCGCUCGAGAUCCAGAGCGCGCUCUCCCCCCGUGUGGCACUUGCAGAGAGAACGAAAUCUGGGUACAAGGCGGUACAGUAGAUCUCCAGAUUUCAGGCCUGAGGCUAGAAUGGAGAGAGUGAGGUUUGCUUUUCAGAAGCCCAGAUUUGUGACUGAUCAUGAAGGAAGUGUCAUGUCUCCACCAAGAGGUCACUUCUCCCCAAGGCGUAAUUCAAGAGGUGUUAACGACGGGGAUUGUGUUGAGGAGCAUUCAAGGGACAGGAGACCAACUGUGAGAACCUUUAGGCAGAGCCAAAGGUUUCAUUCUAUUAACUAUUCUGGAAGAUUGAAGCCAGAUGGUUAUGUUAGACCCAUGAUAAGCUCCGGAAGAUUUCCCCCAGUGGCUGGUGCUACUGGGGCAUGUAAAUUUGAGGACAGCGACAAUGGUAGGAGACAUGAUGAGAGAUGUGGAAUAAUUGAUCAGGUCAAGCAAUACGACACCGGAGGUGUGAGGCAGUACCGAUAUGAUUCAGACGAUUGUUUUGAGGCAUGUGACUCUCAUUAUAAGGGUGACUGCAGUGGUACUGACCGAAGGGAAGUGUCCCGGCGUUUCCGGGAAGAAAGAAGUUCUUUUAGGUAUAACCACAAUAGGAUGUAAAUACUGCCUCACCAGCUGGACUGCGUGAUUAUGAUUAUUAGGGUGCAUCACCCAGGAGAGGAUGACCUUCAUGAGCUGUGUUCGUGUGUCUCGUUCUCUUAGGCUGGGUUGGAAGAUAGGAAAUAGAUAGGAGAUUCUACCUUCAUUGACCAUUUUUUUUCCUGUUUUGGCAUAGUAGUCUUUUACGUUAAUGUAUGUCUGAUUUUGGCUAUUUUGCUCGUGUAAAGUACUAUAUUAAUCUAAU